AUGCCGACAGCAGUCGCACCAUUGGAAGACAUAGGUUGGAUUGUGGCCUACAAAAACCUAUUCCUGCUCUUUUCCCGCGAUCCAUCAAACACAUUUGGUGUGUCAUCAUAGUGGUCUCUGAUUUUUGGUCAGACUCGCUCAGGUGGAACAAAUGUAAAUAUUUUUUCCGCAAACAACCUUUCUGAAUUUAAAACUAAUCCUCGAAGUAAUCAUCUAGAUUUUCAGAAGUAUCGGUAAUCUGAUUACAAUACUUUUGCUGGUAACGAUUACAGUUCCCGUUUUUAGUAAUCCCUUCCACGUAAUCCGUUACUCCCCAACCCUGUAAAAUAGUAAAAUAAUGAAAACCCCUUGAAUGAGUAGGCGUGUUCAAACAUUUGACUGGUACUGUAUAUCAAGCAAGUAUUUUUAUAUUCCACAGAGUAUUAUCAUAUUAACUGUUCUGUACAGAUAAUGAUCAGACUCACGUUACAAAUGCUGGUUAACAAUCCAAUACAUUUAGUUUAGAUUGUUUCACAAAAGUAGUGCGCUAGUCUUUUACUAGUCCCGUAUUAGCAUACCAAUAUUGACUUCAUCAGCACAGGCAAAUGGCUGCUGCAAGAAAACGUAUGCUAUCUGGAUUUGAAGAUGUGAUAGAUGGAAAAACAACGAUUUUCAAAGACAGCGGCGAGAAGAUACACGUUGCAGCCCUGAUCCUCGCUAGGGGAGGCAGUAAGGGGAUCCCCCUGAAGAAUAUAAAAGUUCUGGCCGGCGUCCCGCUCAUCGGAUGGGUUCUGAGAGCUGCCGUGGAUUCCAAACAGUUUGACAGUGUGUGGGUAUCAACUGAUCAUGAUAACAUUGAGAAAGUGGCCAAGGCAUGGGGAGCUCAGGUUCACCGCAGGAGCCCAGAGGUGUCCAAAGACUCCUCCAGCUCUCUCGACACUAUCCAGGAAUUUGCCCGGUUAAACCCAGAGGUGAAUUUGAUCUGUCACAUCCAGGCUACGUCUCCCUGCUUGCACCCCUUCCACCUGAAGGAGGCCCUAGAGUUGAUCACCAAUCAGGGCUUCACGUCUGUCUUCGCCGUGGCCCGGCAACACCACUUCCGCUGGCAGGAGGUCAAGAAAGGAGGUAGUGUAGCCACCAAGCCACUGAACCUUGACCCGUCUAACAGGCCCCGGAGACAGGACUGGGAUGGAGAGCUGUGUGAGAACGGAUCUUUUUACAUUCAUACCAGAUCGACAAUAGAGAAAGGCCUGCAGGGGGGAAAGUGGGCAUACUAUGAGAUGCUGCCAGAGUACAGUGUGGAUAUUGAUGUGGAUAUCGAUUGGCCCGUGGCAGAACAGAGAGUACUGAGGUUUGGUUACUUUGGCCUGGACAAGCCUGAGGCGGUGCGUCUGCUGCUGUGUAACGUCUCCGGCUGUCUGACUGACGGCCGCGUCCUCAUCUCUGUCUCUGGAGAGGAGAUGGUCUCUGUCAACACCAGAGAUACCACGGGUAUCCGCAUGCUGCAGGGAGAGGGCGUGGAGGUGAUCCUGAUCUCGUCCAGUGAGGACCUGACCAAGGCCUUGGCUGACAAGCUGUCCCAGAGAACGGGCUGCGAGGUCAGACAGCUGGGCAAGGACAUCCAGGGCGAGGCCAAAGCCAUGAUGGACGACAGGGAUCUGGGCUGGAAGGAAGUCGCCUAUAUGGGUAACGAUGCACCAGAUGUUGACUGUCUGAACAUGGCUGGGCUGAGUGCAGUACCCCGGGAUGCCCCAGUGGUGGCAAUCAAUGCUGCUAAAUACUCCUGCCACAAUGUUGCAGGCCUCGGGGCUGUGAGGGAGUUUUCGGAACUCAUCCUGCUGCUCAAGGAGAAGGCCAAGUCUCAGAUGGAACAGGACCGCAUCCACAGAGAUACAUUCUAAACUCUAAAAUGUGUUCUAAAGUCAGAGAUACAUUCUAAACUCUAAAAUGUGUUCUAAAGUCAGAGAUACAUUCUAAACUCUAGAAUGUGUUCUAAAGUCACAGAGAUACUUUCUAAACUCUAGAAUGUGUUUUAAAGUCACAGACAUACGUUCUAAACUCCAGAAUGUGUUCUAAAGUCACACAGAUACAUUCUAAACUCCAGAAUGGGUUCUAAAGUCACUGACAUGCAUUCUAAACUCCAGAAUGGGUUCUAAAGUCACAGACAUGCAUUCUAAACUCUAGAAUGUGCUCGAACUCUAAUCUGGCUCAGAUAUGUUCUAAACAAAGAGUUGCAUUCUUGAAGCUUGAGUGCCAGUCUGUUUUUACUUGUUUGCCAGCUCCUUGUCAUUCCAAACAUAUUUGGCAUUACAAUUCCAAAAAGAGUUAACUAGAGAGCAGAAACAGACGGGCACUCAGGCUAUUUUAUUCUAGACUAUCAGACAAACCUAAACCUGUGCCAAAGAUUAGGCUAAAUGACCUUGAAGCUUAUUGACAAUCCUCAAUACUUUCUCUGGAGUAUUUACUCACUUUCAGGCACGUAGCUCAGGUUGAGGUGUUUUUUUACAGGUUGUCAGAUCAAGGUAGUUUUAGUUUUACAGGUAGUGUUGACAAAUAGUCAGUGUGUCUAUAGAUAUAUAUUAGUAUAUACACAAUUUAGGCAAGUGAGUAUUCUGAUAUUAUUUCAAUGCACAUUUUCCAACUCCCAAACUAUAUAAACUUGAAUGCUUAUUGGAUUUAAUUAUAUUUGUGUAAUGAGGGAGGAUGUGGCGAAAGUGAAUAACACCUGGUCCCCCUGGAGCACAAGGUUGUAGAUUCAUAUAAACUCAGCAACAAAAAAAGGUCCGUCCUCACUGUCAACUGUGUUUAUUUUCAGCAAACUUAACAUGUGUAAAUAUUUGUAUGAACAUAACAAGAUUCAACAACUGAGACAAACUGAACAUGUUCCACAGACAUGACUAACAGAAAUGGAAUAAUGUGUCCCUGAAUAAAGUGUGUGUGUGUGUGUGUGGGGGGUGUCUGGUGUGGCCACCAGCUGCAUUAAGUACUGCAGUGCAUCCCCUCCUCAUGGACUGCACCAGAUUUGCCAGUUCUUGCUGUGAGAUGUUACCCAACUCUUCCACGAAGGCACCUGCAAGUUCAGUCUGAGCACUGAUGGAGGGAUUGUGGGUUCCUGGUGUAACUCAGGCAGUUGUUGUUGCCAUCCUGUACCUGUCCCGCAGGUGUGAUGCUCAGAUGAACCGAUCCUGUGCAGGUGUUGUUACAUAUGGUCUGCCACUGCGAGGACGAUCAGCUGUCUGUCCUGUCUCC